AUGCUGAAGGAAGAAGGUACUAACUUGGGCACAGUGUUUUGGCCAUUGUUGGCUCUGAACGUGUUUCUGGACGAAUUGAAGACGAGAGCCUGCAAGGAGGUGACGGCCUACUACAAUUCUUAUCUCAAAUCGCCUCAUCCUGAAAAUUUGGUGGAGUUUUUCGAAGGGGCAACCGUGUUGAAGGACCUCCAACUUUCGGAGAAGCUCGCCAAACAAGUGCUUCUCGUCGUCUUACUUUGCCCUUUGAACAAAGGGAAGGAACAACCUCGGGAAGAGAUCGCCACGUGGGUUCUCCGUCAACCUCAAAGUUUGGCUGAAGUUAUCAAGGAAGUUAUCACUACCUUCUACGACGAAGACCGCGCCGUGCUCAAGCGUGUGAUUCACCGUGAGGCGUCUCGGAUUCCUUCCCCAAUUAUGCACUCAAUUUUGAAAUCUAUCGCCAAUGACGCAAAUUUGAAGUACAAUGGUUUUGACGAAAUCUAUACUAGAAAAGAGAUUUCCCACUUCACUGAUCUUUUGAUUGCUGCUCUGGGCAACUCCAGAAUUGGUGUUGAAAUGUUGGUCAACCACUACGCCGAUGACUUGGGCCAACCUACCGUGAAGACAGUGCUCGAACUUCUUGCCACUAAGUUGCCAGUGAUCCCUGAACAGCCCAUUACGCAUGCUGAAGCUUUGGUCGAUGUCUCUGCGACGGCAUCGCCCUCCAACUCUAACACUGUGGAGGCUAUCGAAGGCCAGUCGUCGACAUCUACUGACACGGUCGUCCACCGCGCUGGCUCGAAAACGAAGAAGAGACGGGCUCCGGUACCAGUUGGUAAAAUGAAGAAGCUGGCCCGCCCUAAUCUGGAAAAGUGA